AGUGGGAAAUGGGUACGAACCAAGCUCCACCCCCACCCCACCAUACGCGUUUACCUUCUCUGCUUUAAAACUCUCUCUCCCUCCGCCUGUCGGUAUCUCUUCCCCCCUAUUUGCAGGGGUACAUUGAUCGUGGAUCGUGUUCUUGUCCUCAAAAUACGAUCACAAAUCCUUUCCAGCCAGGCCCGCCUCUGUUUCUUUACCCGUCUAUGUCUCUUUCUCCCUCUCUUUGAAGAGAAAUGAAUUUCGAUUUCCCUUCAGAUCCGUGGAAUCCAACCCAUUUUUUCUUUGCAAUAUUAUCUUGUGUCUCUCGUUUUUACUAAAUUCAUCAAUAUCCAGAUCUUGAUACGCCCAAACCCUAACAGAUCCUAUCCAAGUUCUUGUCAUAGUACAGCCCAACUUGCCUGCAUAUUGCCUAUUUGUAUUUUUUCCUUCUGUUUGGUUGUUGAUAAAAUCUCAUCUCAUCUCAUCUCAUCUCAGCCGCCCGAUCAAUACCUACCUCCGAAAAUGAAGGGUUCAAGUCGAUUUUUCACGAUCGGGCUCGUGGCCUCUUGGUACUCCUCCAACAUUGGGGUCCUCUUGCUCAACAAAUAUUUGCUCAGCAACUACGGCUUCAAGUACCCGAUCUUCCUGACCAUGUGCCACAUGACCGCUUGCUCUCUGCUCAGCUAUAUUGCCAUCGCAUGGAUGAAGGUUGUCCCCAUGCAGACAAUUCGGUCCCGGGUCCAGUUCUUCAAGAUCUCUGCACUCAGCCUCGUCUUCUGCAUCUCGGUCGUCUUUGGCAACGUUUCGCUCCGCUUCUUGCCCGUCUCCUUCAACCAGGCUAUUGGGGCCACGACGCCGUUUUUCACUGCUGUGUUUGCCUACCUCAUGACCUUGAAGAGGGAGGCUUGGCUUACCUAUGUGACCCUCAUUCCUGUUGUCACCGGGGUGAUCAUAGCAAGCGGGGGUGAACCGAGUUUCCAUCUGUUUGGGUUCAUAAUGUGUGUAGCAGCUACGGCUGCGAGGGCGCUUAAAUCUGUUCUACAAGGGAUUUUGCUGUCUUCUGAAGGGGAGAAGCUGAAUUCUAUGAACCUCCUGCUUUACAUGGCUCCAAUAGCUGUUGUCUUUCUGCUACCCGCAACACUUAUUAUGGAAGAAAAUGUGGUUGGCAUCACCCUGGCUCUAGCUAGAGACGAUAUAAAGAUCAUAUGGUACUUACUAUUCAAUUCGUCGCUGGCAUAUUUUGUGAACCUGACCAACUUUUUGGUCACAAAACACACCAGUGCUCUCACUCUCCAGGUACUGGGAAAUGCAAAAGGAGCUGUUGCUGUGGUGGUUUCAAUUUUAAUUUUCAGAAAUCCUGUCUCGGUUACUGGAAUGCUCGGUUACUCGCUCACAGUCUUUGGAGUUAUACUGUACAGUGAAGCCAAGAAACGAAGCAAAUGAUAUCAUUAUGGGAGAGGAUGAAGUGGAUGUUCCUAUAUUUUGAUUUUCUAAAAGCAAGUAUAGCAUCAACGCCCGUGGAGGGGGGGGAUUUGGGCCACAUGCUAACAGUUGGUAGCAUGAGCAGUAUAUUGCCCUCUAAUUUUUGCCUGGAAGCCCAGAGAUUGGCUUCCACUUGUAUCAGCAACAACCCAGAUUAGCCAAAAAGUAGAAAAGUUCAAUAAGUGACUUAUAUGCAUCUAUUACUCCCUGUUUGGGGUUUUGGAAUGCCUUUUUGUUUUUUGUUUCUUUUUUUAAAUUAUUGACUAUUAUUAUUCUUUCAGGAAAUGGCUGUAGAUUGGGUCUAUACACAAUCGAUAUGUUAAUUAACAUUUCACAUAUAUUGAUUAAUUAAUGAAAAUCAUUCAUUAUCUUGCCA